CCGGUCUCUUGCCCCCGUCCACGCCCGUUUCUCACUCUCGCCGUCCACCCCCCACUGUUCCGCGGCCGCGGCCGCUGCCGCCCUUGCGUCCCUUCCCCCAAGCUUCGGCUGCAGGGGUUGGCGGAACUUCGUGAUAGCUUAGGUCGUCGAGUCCGCCGUCGUCGCCGAUGCGGCUGUUCUCGCUGUUUUCCUUCAAAAACCCACAAAUAUCCGCGGAUGAGAGCACUGCGUGGGGCUCGGUAUGGACUUAGGCAUGUGUAGUUUUCAGCAGCUGUGCCUUCAUUUUCAUGGCAAUUCAUGCAUAAGAGGAGUGUCAAUGGGCCACAUGGGCUGAGCCCAUUUCGGCUUUAUCCUGAGAAAGAACCACAGGCCCAAGCUUGCUCCAUUGUGAAGCAGGCUUCAUGCAGGCGUGAACGUGCGUGGUGCAAGGACAGUCGUCACGGGACAGUCGUCACGGGCAGUCGUCAUCCCCUCGGUUUUGGGCUUCUCCUCCAUUAUAAGCUUCUCGAAGGGGAAGGCGAUGGUCGGGGUCCGAUGGCCGCCUACGACCUCGCCCAACGACUCCUCCCCGGCCAAGCUCCGACGGAGCAUACAAUCCGCCGCAGGCUGGUGGCGGUCGCCAUGUUUGCCCUCUGUGUCGCCUUUGGAGGGUUCUUGCUGGCGGGCGCUCAGUCGAGGCUUAUAUUCCAGAUGAUGAUUCUGAUUGCCAAUUUCACAGUCUUCUUCCUUGGCCUGCUGGUGAUCUACUUCUUUAUGCCAAUCUCCUCCGGGAUACCAGGGCUGCCGAUCUCCGCCGAUAGAUUGAUCUCGGUGACCCUAGCCGUAUCCGUAUUCACCAUGUUCCUUAAUUCCACUUGUCUCAUUCUGGUGGCCGGCUAAUCGAUUUGGACCAAUAGAUGAUACUCAAGGAACGCCUUAAUCCCUGUAGUCCGCUGGUUCUGCUUCUUUCUGUUUUAAAUAAUCAAGAGCUUUUUUUUUUGCUAGGAAUAAUCAAGAGCUUUUCUCUGUUCUGUGUUACUAGUCUUUUACGAGUGUUUCCUUCACUCUGUCUGUUUGUUGAGUUCUUCAAGUAAAUGGGGAUUGUUGUUGCUUGCUUCUACUA